AGUUGAAUAAAAUAAUGAUAAGGGGAUUCCAAACUUGAAAUAUUUUGAGAAACUUUGAACUCGUUGUUUUGAAAACAGCUACAUGAAUCAAAAGAAAAUUACUUUUUUUUAUAAGAAUACAAUACUGUCACAACACUGACUUUCAAAAUUGAUUAAUUUAUCAGACUAUAGUUGCUUGUGUGACAAUAAAAGUGUGCAGUGAUUUUGAGCGCCAGGGGCAGCACUCCACCACCAGAUGACUUAUGAUAUCAGAUGGCGGAUUCUGUAGCAAAGGCAAGGAGCGAAGCUAGAAGAAAGAGGAUUCUUGAAAAUGCGGAUAAGAGGAUAAAUCGACUUUACAGUCGACAAAGAGGAGAAGAUGAAAACAGUGAAGAGAAUGUCGAAGGCAGAUCAGAAGAAACUGCUGAGAGCCCACAGUGGCAGUGUGACAAGUGUGGCAACAUAAAUUUUGGAAACAGAAAGAUGUGUUUAUUAUGCAGAGGAAAACAUCUGACAGACGAAGAGGAAACACCAGAGAAAACAGAGAGUCAAGUUGAAGUUAUCGAAAUUCAGAAGAAAACAGAUGAAACUGACGAGAAAUCAGAUGAAGAAAAUUCAAAAGAAAUGCCAAAAUCUAGUCCUCAUCAAAAUGAACUCAGACAACGAAGGACUCAGAACACAGUAAAGUUACAAAGAGGCGAUGUUCCGCAAGAAAGCAGCAGUGUGCCACCACCACAGUGUACAGUUCAACAACCGGUUCAAAAAUCUACAUACUCCCAAAGUCAGCUCUUUGAAAUUUAUCGCAUACUAGGCUGUAUGUUAAUAGCCUUUGUCAGUCGUAUGGUUUUAAAAUCUGGAUAUGGUUUAUUUUAUUUUGAGUCAGUAUUUUUACCAUUUACUGCAUUUCAAACAGGCCUACACCUAUUCAAAAAUAAUUUUCUAAAGGAUGUGCAUAUAUACCAAAGACACAAUAUGAUGUCCACUGCCUUAAUGCUGUGUGGUAUUUCACCCAACCUUAUUGGCACAUACAACAAAAUCAUGGGAUAUGUCAAAUCUGUGACUGAAGACCUCUUUUUCUUCAUUUUUGUGUUUUUUGCAGUUGGAUUUUGUAUAUGAGUUUUGACAAAGUACACUGUGUUUACCGAUUCUUUUCCAAAUUCGUUGAAAAAUUUCAAAGCUUAUUUUAUUGUGUUGCCUGCUGAACACCACAACACUUAGGGACUACUUUAUUCAUCACCUGUCUGUCCAUUCAUUAGUCCGUCCAAUUUGUUACACUAGGAUUUUGUAACUGUAAGAGAUAGGACUUUGAUAUCUGAGCGUUUCUUCUGUAAGAAUCAUUUAAAAUACCACGAUUAAUAAUGCUGUCGCAGGCGACACAUGUCUUGGAACACUAUAGUUUACUAACUUUCUAUUAACAAAUGAAUUUAUCAGAUUUGCCAUAAUCAGACUUUUCUCUGUACCUUUGUAUUGUUUUUUUUCCCCAAAAAUUAUUAAACUGGGGAUUUUAUAAAAGUUCUUAAACUUAAAUACAUGUUACAGGUUCUGUUAAAAGUUUGCCUUCAGAAUAAAUCCUGUAUAAAAGUUUU